AUGCGUGUGUCUAUCUUUACUCGCGUUGCCGUGGCCCUGGCGGCGUUGUCGGGCCAGGCGGCUGCUAUGGGGCUUUCCACGACGCUGGCCAGGCGGGACUUGAGGCUCUCUGCGGAGAAGGGAAUCAAUCCGGAGAUGUUCAUGAGACUGCGGGAUUCGGUGCAUGCUCAGGUCACGGAGGGUGCAGGGCCGGCGGUUGCUGAGGAAUAUGUCUCGAUUCCGAUUGAUCAUGCCAAUGCCUCCGUUGGUACCUACCAGAACCGCUACUGGGUCUCUGAUGAGCACUAUCGGCUGGGAGGCCCGGUCUUUGUGUACGAUGUGGGCGAGUCGAACGCAGAGAGUGCAGCCGAGCAUCAUCUGGCGAAUGACACUUCAUUUUUUUACCACAUGCUGGAGGAAUUCGGUGGCAUGGGUAUUGCCUGGGAGCACCGCUACUAUGGAAAAUCCCUGCCUUUUCCCAUCAGCAAAGACACUCCGCCCGAGCAUUUCCAGUACCUGACCAACAAGCAGGCUUUGGCUGACAUACCGUUUUUUGCGCAAAACUUCAACCGCAAAGAAUAUGGCCGCGUUGACUUGAGACCCGAUGCCACGCCCUGGGUGAUGGUGGGAGGUUCCUAUGCCGGCAUGCGAGCAGCUUUCACCCGCAACGAAUACCCCGAAACCAUUUUCGCUGCAUAUGCCUCGUCCGCGCCGGUGCAGGCGCGCAUUGAUAUGAGCGUCUAUUUCGACCAGGUUUAUGCCGGGAUGGUGGCCAAUGGAUAUCUUAAUUGCACCAAGGAUUUGAGAGCGGCGAUGCAGUACAUCGAUGGCGAGCUGGCCAAGAAUGCCUCUGCCGCGGCAGCCAUCAAGCAGCGUUUCUUCGGCCCCGGAGCAGAGAAGAACGGUCAUGGUGAAUUCACGGCUGCCCUGGCGGGCGCCUACGGGUUCUUCCAGGCAUAUGGUGUUGGCGAGGGCGAUGGCAGCAUUUCAUCGCUCUGCGAGCACCUGGAGGUCGACCCGACCGGGAAAGUCGCAGGGCCGCAUGGAUUUGCGCCUGUUCGGGGCAGAGAGUACGUCGCGAAACGAUUUGCAUCGUGGCCGAUCUUCACGGAGCUGGUCAACUUCAACUACGAGACCAACUGCAACCAGUUCAACCAAAGCGCGCCGCUGUCGUGCGUCUUGAACCCGCCGUCGGUCGACCCGGACAACAUCAGUUGGGCGUGGCAGUACUGCACGGAAUGGGGGUAUUUCCAAAGCAAUAACUUUGGACCUCAUUCCUUGCUGUCUCGGUACCAGAAUCUCAACUAUGUCCAGCUCACCUGCAACCGCCAGUUCCCCGAGGCGGUGGCCAAGGGCCUUCUCCCCAAAUACCCUCGGGCCGACGCCAUGAACAACGAGACGGGCGGCUGGACUAUCCGCCCAUCGAACGUGUACUGGAGCGGCGGAGAAUUCGACCCGUGGCGCACAUUGUCUCCCCUGGCCACGCAAGACUUUGCCCCGCAGGGAGUGUCUUUCACGACGGAUAUCCCCAAGUGCAAUGUGGAGACGGGGCCGGGGACGGUGUUCGGGUACAUUAUGGAGAAUGCGGAGCACUGCUUCGACAUGCAAAGCACCUUUGCGCCGGGGCGGAUUGCCAACGCGUACUUUCACGAGGCGUUGAAAGUGUGGUUGCCGUGCUUUCAAGGGAAAAGGGACUGCGGCCAUUGGGGAGGAUUCGGGAUAGCUGGGGCUCGCCAAGAGUGA